AUGGGUAAAAUAGGAUUGCAAAUAAAAGCAACUCUGGAGAAUAUCGAGGAACUAAAAACGAAUCACCCGAAUUACGCUUUUUUCGUAAAAGUGAAGUGCACUAGCUGCAAUGAAGCAUCCGAUAAGUGGCACGAUAUGACCGAAAGCGAGCAUGUUGGUGAAGACUCGCGCAACCCAAAAGGAUUCAAUUUUUUUAUGAAAUGUCGCAUGUGCUCAAGGCAAAACAGCAUCGAUAUAGUCGAAGGCUCCAAUGCUAGCUAUACGGAGGAUGAUUCCGGAAAAAUGAAAACAAUCGUUGCCUUUGAUUGCCGUGGCGUUGAACCGAUAGAAUUUAGUCCACGUUCUGGAUGGAUUGCGAAAGCAACAGAAAACGGACCUACAUUUGAAGACAUAGAUCUAUCGGAAGAGGAUUGGGUGGAAUAUGAUCAAAAGAACAACAAUUCGGUCGGUGUAUACGAGUUUGAAUCGAAUUUCAUCAAGUUGAAAAAAUGA